CUGUGGAGGACGUGCGUCGUCGCGCUUCUUUUUUUUUUAGUUGAUUAUGUGCAAUUAACGGAUUUAUUCGGUGAUUUGGUCACGCGAGGUAAAAGUUAAUUAAACCCCGGAGGAAAAGCCGGUUGUCGCUGCGGUUCGGAGACAUGGAGGCUGUGAGUAAGUGGACCCCGCAACAAGUGGUGGACUGGAUGAGAGGUCUUGACGACAGCCUGCAGCAGUACGUCCCGUCCUUCCAGCAGCAGCUGGUGGACGGGGAGAAGCUGCUCAGGAUGUCCCACCAGGAGCUGCUGUCUCUGGGUGUGGCGCGGGUCGGACACCAGGAGCUGGUGCUGGAGGCCGUGGACCUGCUCUGCGCUCUGAACUACGGCUUGGAGUCGGACCACCUGAAGACUCUGGUGGGGAAGAUGAGAACGGCGCACCACAACCUGAGCAGCGCCGUGUCACAGCGCAGGAAGAACCCCGCCUACCACAACAAGAACUCCCAUCAGCCCUCCAACGAGUUCCUGACCGCCGUGGUCGAGCUGAUUGCAGCCGCCAAAAGUCUGCUGGCCUGGCUGGACAGGACUCCUCUGACGAGCGCCAACGACUUCACCUCCACCAAGAGCAGAAUCAUCCAGCUGUGUCUGGAGCUCACCUCCACCGUGCAGAAGGACUGCACUGUUUAUGAGAUGGAGGAGAAGAUUCUGGAAGUGUCACGAGCUCUAAACGGUAUCUGUGAGAAGACGGUCCAGGUGACCUCUGACCCCUCAAAGAGCGAGAUGGCCUGUCUGGAGGAGGUCCACAUCACCAACAUCAAGCCUGGGGAGGGACUGGGGAUUUACAUCAAGUCCACGUACGACGGGCUUCACGUCAUCACAGGAACAACGGAGAACUCUCCUGCAGAUAAAACCCAGAGGAUUCACGCUGGAGACGAAGUCAUUCAGGUCAACAAACAGACUGUGGUGGGCUGGCAGCUGAAGCACCUGGUGGAGAAGUUGAGGGCGGAGACUGGAAGCGUCGCCCUGGUGGUGAAGAAGAGGCCGUCCGGAGUCUCCGGCGGUUUCGCACCUGCUCCUCUGAAAAACCUGCGCUGGAGACCGCCGCUCGUACAGACGUCUCAGGGAGCUCCAGGUCUCUACAGAUCUCGACAGCCAGAAACCUCAGACGCUCCGGGGAAGAGAGGGAGAACAACCAUCUUGGAUUUGUACAUCCCUCCUCCCCCUGCAGCGCCGUACGUCCCGCUAGACGGGAACAUGAACGUGUCUCCAGGUGUGAAACUGAGGCCCAAGUCUCCGAACUCGUGUCUGGACUCAGACGUGCGGCGACGCUUCACUGUGGCAGACGACAACAGGACGCCAGAACUCCCUCAGCCGGUCCCCGUCCGCCUCCGACAGCGCUCCUCCACACGCUGUAAACCUCGGCCCGUCUCCAUGCCAGCAGAGGCGUUCUCAGGCGUGUCUGACCGUUCCUCCAGGUCCAGAGCUCAGGGAAGGAAAGGGCGGGACGUCCUCCACAGGUACCUGAGUAAUGAGGGCAUCAGCACCAUCACGGAGGAGGAGCAGUGUUACCCUCUGCCGUACCGAGGACACCCGUCCAUCCGUGGCGUCGACCACAUCAGAGGCAGCCAGUGCUUCAUCAACGCCGACCUGCACAACAGCGCCACCAUCCCUUACCAGGAAGUGGCGUCCAAAAAGUCGGCUCCCUCCUCCACCACCGCCGCCGCUCCUCCUCCUCAGGCUGUAAACAAACAGUCCACCUCGCUGCUCGGCGGCUGGCUGGCUCGCCUCCGGCUGCUCAGCCACUGGUCGACUGCAGCCAUGAGUCGGCGGCGUGUUUCGGUCAAAGACCUGGGCGUGGUGGACUGUGAGGGCUGGCUUCAGCGCAGGAAGGAGGGCCGCAGCUUCCUGGGAAGCAAAUGGAAGAAAUACUGGUUUGUCCUACAGAAGAACUCUUUGUACUGGUACAACGACAAGAUGGCGGAGAAAGCUGAAGGAUUCAUCAACCUGUCCGGCUUCACCAUCGAACCGGCCAAACAGUACAGGAAGAAACACGCCAUCACAGCCACUCAUCCACUGGUUGUGACCAUUUUCAUCGCUGCAGAGAGUUUCAAAGAGAUGAACAAGUGGAUCAGUAAACUGUCAGAAGCUGCUGAGCCGUGUGAAGUGAUCAACACUGAAGAGUGCUACAGCGAGGACAGCGAUCAGGACGCUGACGAGUGUGUGUCGACUGGUUCUCUGGACUCUGAACAGGAAACAGCUGAUUGUGAAAACGGAGACGUCCUCCAGCCUCUCUCUGAGUCCUCGCCCUCCAUCCCUCCCUCGACGGUCACCAUGGAGACGGACAGAGCUGCCGCAGCAGCGUCCGUCCCUCUGAUCCAUGUCGGAGACAAAGAAGAGGAGGAGGCGGUCCAUGAGACGCCGCCUGACGAGAUGGAGAGUCUGUACCGUCACCUGAGGGCAGCCAGCUUGUCUCCGAUGGGACGGUCCAGUCAGAGGGACUUCAGGACGUCCUUCAUCAGACGAUGUAAGAACGACAAAGUCAACGAGAAGCUUCAUCUGCUCCGGAUCCUCGGGAGCACGUUAAAGGCCAAACAGUUGGAGCUGGCGGCGGUGGAGCAGAUCCUGAACGACCCGGCUCUCACGGCGCCCACGUACAGGAAGUGGAGACUCUCCAACCUCGUCCUGCUGCAGGAGAUCGGUCAGCACGGCCGGGCGGCGGCGGCGGCGGCAGCAGCAGCAGGGGGCGCUGCAGAGCCGAGCUGCUGACAGGUUUCUGAACAGAGACUCAGGACUCACUCACACCAAAGAUACAUGUGAUGAACACUGUUUUUAUUUAAUCUGUUCACUCUGAAAGUUUAAUCCUCCUGGGACCAAGUGAAGCUGAGACCAAGCACAGGUGAUGAACAUGUCGAUCACUUUCUUUAUUAUCCAAGUGUUUUAAAGGUUAAAGCUCCAGUUUGUUGCCUCAUUCA